UAUGACAAUCAAUCAAAAGUCAUUAUUUGUCAAAUUUCCCGUAUAUCUAGAUAAGAAUUUUUUUAGUUUUUUUUUAAUGGAUUUUUCUUUACAUGUAAAUUAUAUUUCGUGGACAAAUGGAAAACUCCCUUAAUUGCUAUUCGGGAUGGACGGAAGACUUGGUUCUAAUCGCAGCGAGUGGCCAGGCUGGCGUCUUAGAGCUGGCAAUCGUGCAUCCGUUUGACACUGUCCGAACUAGGAUGAAAUGGAGACCAAAUAAUCCAUCAGCUGUUAGAUGCCUUUUCCAAAUUUUCAAAAAUGAAGGUUUCCUGGCGUAUUGGAAGGGGUUCUUGCCACUUCUGAUGACUACUACACCAAGGAAAACCCUUAGGUUCUUUUCGUACGAAAAAUAUAAAGACUACUUGUUUUACCACGAUUUUUGGGAGACUGCUCCUUAUUUAAUUUAUAUGACUUCUGGAUUUAUGGCUGGAGCAACAGAAGCUGUUGUGGUCAACCCCUUCGAAGUAGUUAAGAUUACUCAACAGUUGAAUUUUGAAGUUGUCCAUAAGUCGCCGUCAGCUUGGUGUAUUGUAAGGAAUACAUUAAGGAAAGAAGGAGUUCGGGGCUUUUUCAAAGGCGUAGAUGCUCUCGCUACUAAAUAUUCGGUAUUUAAUAUGAUUUAUUUUGGAUUCUACCAUGGUAUUUACGAUUUAAUGCCAGAAGAAAAAUCGGAGGGCAUUGAGUUCAUAGCGGAAGCAACAACGGCUUUUGCAGCAAGUGCUUUAUCCACCGCAUUAAUUUAUCCCGUCGCUGUUGCCAGGGUCAAAAUUCAAGGACCUCAACCGGAAGACGCAUAUGGGAGACGAAUUGUGAAAUAUCGACGUUUAUUUCAGACGUUGCGUACGAUUGGGAGAGAGGAAGGCUAUCGAGUAUACUUUAAAGGAAUGGGUGGUAGAAUUCUAAGAACAGGUUGUAGUGGUGUACUUUUGAUGGUUAUAUUCGAGCAUAGCUUUCGCUUUUUGAAGGAGAAAAUAAAGACAACAGUCAACUGUUUAGAUCAAGGGAAAAGUUAAACACUUCCAUUUGCAGCUUAAUUUAUGGAAAUUUAUGUUAAGACAUUGUAACGGUCUAUAGCUUAAAUGUGGGAAUAAAAAGUCAAUUUCAGCUAAUUA